GACCCGUGUGGCUGGGACUUAUUUUAAAUUUUCGGCCCUGAACGGGCCUAUUCAGACACACGCUCCGAAACCCAACCUGACCCCGGCCCACUGCCACCUCUUAAAACAAAAUUAAAUCAAAGCCACCUAAAAAAACGGUCACUUCCUCAAACUAACACUCAUGGGAGGAGAGCUUCCACGCCUCCAUACUCCCACCACCACCACCACAACCGCCACCACAGCAAAGCUAAAGAGGGAGAAUCACUUAAAGACGAAACACGAUACCGCCUUCUCGAAAUGGAAAAUCCUAAUCGGAGCAUCGGAUUGGGUGGACUAUGAAGCGAAGAAAGAAGGGGCAGAGAGAUACAGAGUUAGCAACCUCCCCAAAGUUUGUAGCCCUGGAUUAUACGAGAUUGGGGUGGCUGUUUGUUUAUCGGGUUCGGGUCGUGACCUCGAAACUGAGCGGAUUGUGGUUGUUUACUUGGGUCAGGCUGAUAAUGUCAGGUCUAGGCUUCAGGAGUAUGGACGUACUGGAUCUCAUUUGGUUCAUGGUUUUGGUUUGUUUAAGGAUAUCUUCUCUACAGGCUUCCCCAUUGUUUAUCGAUGGGCUGCUAUGAAGAGCAAAAGUGAUGCUGAAAGGACAGAGAGUGAGCUGCUUGAAAGAUUUGAUUAUGCAUGGAACAAAAUUGGAAAUAAUGCACGACGUCCUAAUGAUGUUCUAAGUAAAAUUGAGAAGAUCUCAUCUCGGAACUAUAAAAUUCCUAAGAUUAUGAAGAUGCUACAGUCUCUCGGUGAACAAAAGGUUGGUAUCCAAAUACAAGCAGAGAAGCUUUCAAUUGGCAACAAACCCAAACCUAGUUAUGAAGAGAACUUGAGUCUCUUUGAUCGAGUUUUCAAAUUCUCUCGUUCACAACCACGAUUAGUUUCUACUACUAAUUCUGAGGACUUGAAUCAAACUCAAGUUUGUGGAGUGAUUUCAAGUGAUGGAACAAGUUGUAGUAACCCACCAGUCAAAGGGAGAAAACGGUGUUCCAACCAUAAAGGAAGAAGACUGAAUAGUGUAGUAUUUAUCAACUCAAAAAACAGUAGCAGAAAACAUAAUGUUGUUGUUCAUGACAAGGUUGAGGUUUCUUCUGUUUGUGGUGUUAUUUUACUUGAUGGUUCUCCAUGUACAAGGUCUCCUUUUCCUGGUAGGAAAAGAUGUGAGGAACAUAAAGGUAUGAGAAUAAUUAACCAAAUCAUGUCCAAGUCUUCGAUCCUAAAGUCUGUUACUGACUCUGUACACCAUUGCGGAGUGAAUUUGGGUGAUGGAAAAUGUUGUGAAAAGCAGCCGGUCAAAGGAAGAAAGAGGUGUGAGCAGCAUAAAGGGAUGCGCGUGCGUUAAUGCAGCAUAUGUAUCCAAGACUCCAAGUAGGGGGGGCAAUUCGGUCAAUGGGUCAGGCUCGGGUUUGGUUCCGGGUCGAUUUCAGGUCAUUCGGGUUAGGUUCAGGUCGGGUUUGGGUUGCUCUCAUUAACUUCAGGUAGGGUUCAAAGUCAGGUUAUCGGGUCAGGUCAGGAUUGCCAGCCCUAUUAAUCCAACUAUCCAAGUGAUCAUCAAGAUCGAAUCAAAUGAGCAAACUAUCUAUUCGUUACCAAUCUCAGAAGUGAAAUCUGCUGCUACUCACUUAUGGCCACUGGCUCGAGUGCUUUCGACCAGCAGGUGGUUCUUACUGCAGAAUGAAGACUGUCACAGGCUCACUGUAAGCACUAGACCUGUUCGACGAGCCAGGUUAGGGCCGGGAUGGGCUUAGCCUAUUUUUUUGCUGUGCCCGGUCGGAAUUAAACGGGCCAGGCCAAGCUGGGCUUUGUUUGGUCUAUAUGUUCUUCAAAUGUCUUUACACAAGAGUUUGAUGGCUUAAACUAUUUAUUGUGUCAACAUUAAGUUAUUGUUUGUUUUUUUUGUAGAAAUAUAGAUAAGAAAAGGAAAAUACAGAGAAAGAUGAAUUAGUUAAAACAAAUUAAAAUUACAGUAUGUGUAUGGAAAAACAGAAUAACAGAAAAUGUAAGUGUUGAUGUAGAGCAAGGUGUGUAUCCUUCUUUAGAGUUUAGUCUUACUCCAAACAGGAUUGUGAGAUUAGGAUGUAUGUUCAUUGAUUAUAUUGUAAUUUAUGGAUCAAAAGUGAGAAUUAAUUUUUCGAUA